GGGACACGCCCUAGAUUACACGUUCAGUCAGUCAGGCUGAUAAUAGAGGCGCAAGGAUCUGACAAAACAGACAGGGAAACGCACCUGUGCUUGGAGAUCAUGGCAGGUCCAGAAAAAGACACCGGAUCGAGGUUCGUCAUUCUGGUAACUCACAUCAACAUGGCUCUAUAUUCCACCUGCUUCUGGAUCCAGACUGGAGUCAUGCCAGGCUAUGACUAAGAGGAUACUGUGAUGUUCCAUAAUGAAGGGAUGGUAAGGUGGGAAAGUGCUGAACAAUGUUGACCUGGGGAUUUACUCAGAAAAAUCAUGGACUAACAAGGUGUUCACGCGUAGUCCAGACUCUGAAUGUGCCAGCUGCCUACUCUCCUCCUCAUCUUGGUGUUCCUUCCCCUGAGGUGGUCAUUGAAGCUUUGGUGGCAGGAGCUCUGUCCUCGUGAUGGUAAAGUUGUGAAGGAUACAGUAGAGCACCACAGAUCAGGGGACAUGCUCUGACAAUACUGAACGGCUUCCCUCAAGCAGUCCAGACAGCAGAACCUUUGCUUCAGGAUACCGGUGUCCACUCCAUCAUAUUCCUGAUGGCAGCAUAGCUUUCACACUAGGAAUGUUGGCUAAUAAACCUUCUUCCACUGAUUUAAUUUCAUUUUUGAGUCUUGCCAAGGGACUAUAAGAAUAACAAAAACAGAAUUACCUGGAAAAACUCAGCAGGUCUGGCAGCAUCGGCGGAGAAGAAAAGAGUUGAUGUUUCGAGUCCUCAUGACCCUUCGACAGACUAUAAGAAUAACGUUCUGAUAUUUGUCGAAGAGGCUGGGGAUGGAUAUGGUCAUGUUUGGUUAUCUACAGACAACGUUUGCUAUUAUCCAGCUCCUGGGAGGACCCCUGUUUGGCAGGUUUGGUGAUUUGUUUGGGGGACGUGCUGCCCUAUCACUGGCGUACCUCUCCUCAGGAUUUACCUACCUUCUGAUGGGGCUUUCGACUACUGUGCCACUGCUUUUCCUUUCCCGAUUGCCUUCCGUCUUCAUGCAUGGGAUGCAAGCUGCUCAGAUGGUUAUGACCGAUCUGUCUUCUGAGUCAGAACGAGUAGGUGCCCUGGGGAAGCUUGGUCUCUCAUACAGUGUGGGGAUGAUCAUUGGUUCUACAACUGGUGGUUUGCUAAUCUCCGGGUUUGGGGAGCCAUUUGCAGCCUAUGCUGCAGCAGCUGGAUCUGUCCUUAACACUGUUGUAGUAAUGAAAUACAUCCCAGCUCAUACCAAACCUGUGACUUCGACAAAGGAAAAUAAACCAGAAACAGCUCACAGUAGGAGCAUCUUCAGUGUGAAAGAAAUCUUAAGACUACUGAGCAUCCCUGGAGUUGCAGGAAUUCUUGCUAUUAAAACCAUCACUGGACUGCCAAUGGGAGUAUUCCAAAGUAUGUUUUCAGUUGUUGCUAUGGGCCAUUUCAAACUGGAGGCGGAGCACAAUGGCUACCUCAUGGCUUACAUUGGUGCGUUGCAAAUGGUUAUGCAGGGACUAGUGGUUGGAUGGCUGACUCAGCGAAUUGCAGAGAGAACCCUACUUUUCUGGUCCAUCCUGCUCAUUUGUCUGGUGGGUUUGGCCACGGCACUGAUGACAAAUAUAGUCCAAUUCUGCCUCGUUUGCAUCCCGAUGUGCCUGGGAAUCUCUGUUUUCUACCUCACCACGAAUAGUAUCUUAACCAAAAUAGUUCCUCCCACAGACACUGGUGCGAUGCUGGGGUUGAAUAUGUGUGUUCACUCUCUCAUUCGCUCGGUGUCUCCCACUAUCGGAGGCUUCCUAUUUGAAUCAUAUGGAUUUUCAUCCUUCGGAUAUAUGCAGUUCCUGAUCAAUUUGCUGGUCUCCCUCUACGUCUUAGGGCACAGUGCCAAUUAAAAGUGUCAGAGUGGUAUCAACACUGGGAAUAUUUUAGGGACUAGAUUGCCUCCCAGAAGCAAUAGUACAAAGGUCAGGUUUCAGAUCCAGUUCCCGAGAGCCAUUGUUUUGCCAGCCUUGAGACAUUUUCCUGCACAUGAAGAAUGUGGUAGAAAUGCAAGAUGCCUUGCUUUCCCUGAGAUCUAUUAUGUCAUUCAGUGGGAGCAAAAUACAUGCAGCCUCAGCCCUAAACAAUUGAAAGGAGCUAAGCUAGGCCUGGCUGGGUGACCAAAAUGAGCUGGGUUAUUUGGAGGAUUAGGAUAGUGAGUUUAAACAGAGUGAUUCAGCAGAAGAGCCUGGAUAGGUAACUCUACUGACUGGGAGAGUUGGCCAGCAUUACUGUAUAGGCGACAGGAAUGGGGGAUGGGGGAAUUGGGCUGUAGGGUCUUAGCUAGUUUACUAUAAGAAAAGCAUAAUAGCUGGGGCAACAGGGCUAUAUUAACUGUCUGGGCUUUUAAGUAGCUGGAUGGAUUAGGAGAAUUCCAAUAACAAUCUAAUUUGUGAAUAAUUUCACCAUUUACCACAUAAAUAAUUCUGGAUUAAAGUAAAGUAUUCAGUGAGAUGGCAGUCUGGUAGCUGAAAACACUGUGCAGCCAAUCUCAUCCAGCCGUCUGAUUUUUUUACCCUGGGAGCAGUAGAUUAAAAAAACUAUUUCCAUUGUUUGGGAAGUCUAGAUCUGAGGGGCAUAGUCUAAAAGUUAGAGCCAGACCUUUUAGGAAUGAAAUUAGGAAACACUUCUACAUACAAAGGGUAGUGGAAGUUUGAAACCCUCUACCACAAACAGCAAUUUAUGUUAGAUCAAUUUUAUUUUUAAAUCUGAGAUUGAUAGAUUUUUGAUAAUCAACAAUAUCAAGGUCGACGAGGCAAAAGCAGCGAUAUGGAGUUAGAUUGCAGAUCAUCCAUAAUCUCAUUGAAUGGCAGAACAAGCUCCAGAGGUUAAAUAGUCUACUCCUGUCCUAUGUUCCUAUAUUUUGAGUUGAGAAGAUCUCAUGUUGGAGAAUUAUAGAGCUGAAUUUUACAGGACCUUUGGGGAUGCACUCAGAGUCUGUAAGGGUGGUGAAAUGGCAUUGGGGGUGUUGUAACACCUUCCCAUCACCAUGUCAUUUUGCCUAAGGUGGCACACCCAGCAGAGUCCAAUUUAACCAUUUUAGUAGCCAAUUAAGUCUUCAUUAGUCACUUACUCUCAUCCGGUGGAGGGGGUGGGUCCUCUGCCAUGUUGGGAGACUGCUAGGUAAACCCUGGAGUCCUCUCACUCAGCAGGCUCAGGGUGAGGGGGGCCCUCCUUUUUAGGCACUAUUUGCCCAAUAAGAGGUCAAGCAGUGGCAAUGGCUGCUCCCCAUGGCAUUGGUGCCGCUUGCCCUUACUGAACUCCCUCUUUUGCUGAGGUCUAACUGACUGACUGCAGACCCCACUUAUCUGGUUGUGAGGGCAUGCAUGCAUCACUGUGUCCUUCUCCUUCAGGUGCAGCCUCAGCAGUGGCCAUCACACCUAGUGGCACUGUUGAACUUCCAAAACUCUGCUCCAUCUGGGUCCCGCCUUCUACCAAAAAUGUGUCACUGUCCCAAUUUUGGCCCUGGCAACAGGAGCCCUAUUGCCUCUGGAAAUUCCUGGCCAAUUUUUUAAAAAGUCAUUCAUGGGAUGUGGGCCUUGCUGGCUGGGCCAGCAUUUAUUGCCCAUCCCUAGUUGCUCUUGAGAAG